AUGAAAGGAGGAACAACGAGCUGGAUGAUGUCAGUACGGAGGAGCGGGUACAAGGCGGUCGUUGACGGAGUUAGGGGACGGCGGCGAAGAGAGGACGACAUGGUUGAGAUCCGCAAAGCCAAGCGAGAGGAGAGCUUGCUUAAGAAGCGCCGCGAGGCUCUUUCUCAUUCUCCCUCCGCCGUUUCUCUUGACCAGAAGGUCGGUUUGCAUUUUAACCUUUUAGUUUGUAUGUUUGAUUGGUUACAGUUGAUAAACCGUAUUUGGUCUGACAAGAGGGAUCAGUUGAUUGACGCUACUACUCAAAUCAGAACGAUACUUUGUGGUGAAAUGUUUAAUGUACGCGUUGAAGAAGUAAUACAGGCGGGUCUGGUUCCACGAUUUGUGGAGUUCCUUACGUGGGAUGACUUUCCCCAGCUUCAGUUUGAAGCGGCUUGGGCUUUAACAAAUAUUGCAUCUGGAACAUCUGAGAACACUGAAGUGGUGAUUGAUCAUGGAGCUGUUGCAAUACUAGUGAGACUUAUCAGCUCGCCAUACGAUGGGGUCCGUGAGCAGGUUGUCUGGGCAUUAGGAAAUAUUUCUGGAGACUCUCCUAGAUGCCGCGAUAUAGUCCUUGGACAUGGAGCUCUACCUUCUCUGCUGUUGCAGUUAAAUCCUGAAGGCAAACCUUCUAUGCUUGUAAACGCCGUUUGGACUUUGUCUAAUUUUUGCAGAGGAAAGCCUCAGCCUCCAUUUGAUCAGGUGAGUGCUGCAUUACCAGCUCUUGCACAUCUCAUUCGGUUAGAUGACAAGGAACUCUUGGCUUACACGUGCUGGGCGCUGGUGUAUCUCUCUGAUGGUUCAAAUGAAAAAAUACAAGCCGUGAUUGAAGCCAAUGUUUGUGCUCGACUUAUUGGUCUUUCGGUCCAUCGUUCGCAUUCAGUUGUCAUUCCCGCUCUUCGCACCAUUGGCAAUAUUGUAACCGGAAAUGAUAGCCAAACUCAGCAUAUAAUUGAUCUUCAAGCGCUCCCAUGCUUGUUAACUCUUCUAAGGGGAUCCUAUAACAAGACCAUCAGGAAGGAAGCUUGUUGGGCAGUCUCUAAUAUCACAGCUGGUUGUCAAUCACAGAUUCAGGCUGUAUUUGAUGCUGAUAUCUGUCCUGAACUUUUUAAUCUGCUCCAAAACUCUGAGUUCGAUGUCAAGAAUGAAGCUGCUUGGGCCAUCUGCAACGCUAUAGCCGGAGGCUCUUACAAACAAAUCCUGUUUCUUGUGAAGCAAAACUGCAUAAAACCUUUGUGCGAUAUUCUUACAUCCUCAGAUGCUCAACUCGUCAUGCUUUGUUUAGAAGCACUUGAUAAUAUACUGAAGGUGGGAGAAGUUUGCAACACAAGACAUGCUGAAGGUAUUUACCAAUGCCCUCAAACAAAGGUAAACCCACAUGCUCAGCUGAUAGAAGAGGCCGAGGGACUGGAGAAAAUCGAAAGCCUGCAAUCUCAUGAGAACAAUGAAAUCUACGAAACGGCGGUGAAGAUUCUAGAAACAUAUUGGGUUGAAGAAGAAGGAGAAGAAGAAGAAGUAGAAGAGGAAGAUAAAAGAAAACAAGACAUGAUGUAUUUCCCACUUGACAGCUUUGCAAACAUGCCAACACCCUCGGGUACUCUCAGUGAGAUGUACUGUGGACCCUAA